AUGGCCCACAGGUUACUCGUCAACGUCAUUUUCACAGGUGCCUCGGUAUUCGGGCGUGCCUUCACGGAAGCAUACAAGCAAGCUGCUAAGGCUAGUGCCUCUGCUGCCGCUACUGGUGCCACUAAGGCAAAAUCCACAGGUGGAAUCCCCAUCGAAGAGGCCAUGAAGAUUUUGGAUAUCGAGAAGGAGGAGCUUUCUCUUGAAGAGAUCGAAAAGAAGUAUGAGUACCUUUUUGAUGUGAACUCCAAGGAGAAGGGUAACUCAUUUUUCCUUCAGUCGAAGGUGUACUAUGCGUCAGAUACUUUGCGUAAGGAGCUAGAGUAUCUACAAAAGAUGAGGGAGGCCAAGGAGGGCAAGGAGGAGGCGCUGUGA